AUGGCAGGAGGCGCACCAGCAGCACACAUCCGCGCAAGCAACAUUCCCACCGGUGGCAGAGCCCUCUGGGUCCCCAUCGCCCUCGUCACAUCCCUCUUCUUUCUCUGGGGUUUCGCAUACGGUCUCCUCGACGUCCUCAACAAACACUUCCAAAACGUCCUGGGCCUCACCAAGCUCGAAUCAACAGGUCUCCAGAUCGCGUACUUUGGUGCCUACAUCGUAUACCCUCCAACCCUCGGUGGCUGGAUCAUCCGUCGUUUCGGUUACAAGCUUGGCAUUAUUUCUGGUUUGGUGUUGUACGUUGUCGGUGCUUGUUUCUUCUGGCCCAGUGCGCACUUUUUGUCGUUUGGUGGGUUCUGUGGGAGUACGUUCGUGUUGGCGUGUGGGUUGUCUAUGCUCGAAAUCGCUGCGAACGCCUACAUCACUGUUCUUGGCCCUGCGGAGACUGCUACUUUCCGUUUGAACCUGUCUCAGUCUUUCAACGGUGUCGGAUCCUUCACUGGUCCUCUCAUCGCUUCCAAGGCUUUCUUCUCCGGCGAGGGCUCAAAGAACUUGACCAGCGUUCAGUACGUUUACAUUGGCAUUGCCGCUGCUGUCGCCGCCGUUGCCGUUGGAUUCUACUUUGUCAACCUUCCCGAAAUCUCCGACGAGGAGAUGCAAGAACGUGCCGCCGCCGAGGGUUCCGCCAUCGCUAAGCGUCCCUUGUGGAAGCAGUACCACACCAUCGCCGGUUUCGUCGCUCAGUUCUUCUACGUCGGUGGUCAAGUCACCCUCGCCUCUUUUUUCAUCAACUACGUCGUCGAAGUCGACCCUUCUGUGUCUGAUGCCAAGGCUUCCACUUACCUCUCCUACUCCCUCAUCCUCUUCACCGUCGGUCGUUUCUUCGCUACCGCUCUUCUCAAGUUCCUCAAGCCUCAACACAUCUUGUCUGUUUACGCCGCGAUCUGUACUAUCUUUGCUGCCGUCUCAAUGUUCUUGAAGGGAACGGGUGGUGUUGCUCUCUACAUGGCCAUCUUCUUCUUCGAGUCCUGCAUGUACCCUACCAUCUUCACCAUGGCCAUCGCGAACCUCGGUAUCAACACCAAGAAGGGUACCUCCCUUCUCAUCAUGGGUGUCGGUGGUGGUGCCAUCAUGCCCCCCAUCCAGGGUGCGAUCGCCGACCACCUCGACACGCAAAAGUCUACUCUUGUCCCUCUUAUCUGCUACGUGGUCGUCCUCGUCUACGGAUUGUUC